AUGUGUUAUCCUAUGGUUAUAGCACGUUUUCUAAUGGCAAAUGGAAUUGAUCAAUUACUUGAACAUCAAAAUCAAAAUGCUAAUAUUACAUACCUUUUAUCUUUAUGUGAAUACGGUGAUCUACAUUUACGUGGUGCAUGUGCAAAUUUACUUAUUACAUUAAUUCAAAUAACAAAUCAUCUUUUAACACUAUCAUCAUUAUCAAAUUCAUUUAAUAAUUCUUUUAUUAAUCAAUGUUCACUUAUAUCAACUGAUUCACAAGACAGUUCAAGUCAUGCAUUUACAAUCAUAGGAAUUAAAUUAUUAGAAGAUUCUAUUCAACAUACUACAAGUUCCUGUACUCUUGCUAAAUUUGCUCUAGCUCAACUUAUGGAUGAUAUUGAUUUUCGAAUAUUAACUUAUCUUGAACAACAAUUAAAACAACAGUACCCUGAUAUACAUGUUCGUCAAGCAAUUGCUUCGACUUUUGCUAAGUAUGCAUUUUGUAGAGAUAUUAACUAGGUAGUUUUUUUUCGAAUUUGAAUGCAUAAGUCGAUUUUCUUGAAUUAAGUUAGUUAUUAGCUACUUUUUGAUUUUAAGGUUUUGUUGAUCACAAUUCAUUUUAACCAUGUCAAUGGAUAUAUAAAAUUCAUCAUUCAUUACAAGCUCAAGCAUCAACUCGAAUAAAAAUUGUUUGUUAUUUUUGUCUUUUAUAUAGGUUGGAUGUUUAAAAGAUAUUUAUGUUCUUUCAAAUGUUUUAAGAUCAACAACAAUUCGACCAAUUUUUU